UCCAACUUCUUUUAAAAAACAAUGGAGAAAUCAAAGAGAGUUUCAUUGGGUGUUCAAAAGAACACCAAACAAGCCAAACUCUUGACCAAUGUUUUUAAUUACUUGAAAUCCGAUAAUUACAUGUUUGCUCCUCUCAUUUCUCCUUCAAUCUCAUCAGGACCGAAAUUGAAAGAACCCAUUAAAGGAAACAAGAAGAAGGUGUUAAAGAUGGUUGACAAGUAUAUGAAAUCUGAUACUUAUAUGUAUGCACCAUUGCUUUCUUCUCAACUAAUGGGUUCCCUUUCAUCAGAACAAAUCCAAUGCAUUAGCAAGGUCACCGUGGAAGUCGCCACAACAAAAACAACAUUAAACACCGAGUCAGCUAACGCUCUAGCAGAGGAGGAACAACCACACGAAGACGCUCGUCCCACCGACAAUCAAACAGUAGCACAAGGAGAAACGGUGGAGCACAUGGUUUACCACCACCGUUGCUCGACGCCCAUGUCAGGAAAAGCAAUGGCAGAUCAUAUGAAGGUGAGGAAGCUUGCUGUUGAGUAAAAAUCUAGCACAUUAUAGAUCGUUGUAAAAAAAUAUUAGGUAAAUGAACAAGAUGAAUUCAUGCUCAUACUAUAGUGACAUUUGUAUACUAUGUAGAUCACUUCAUAUAUAUAUAAUGAAAUAAGCGCCAUUGAUGUCCA